CACGCCGGUCCCUGUAUUCCCCAAGGGAAGGUGCCAGCCAGCAGCAUCCUGGCCAGCGCUCCCUCGGACAAAAACCUGGAUGCCUGGCGGGAAUCGGGCUGCCGGACCACGCACUGCAACCUGGAGGUGCUGCAGGAGAGCACCCUGGUCUUCCUGGCCACCAAACCCCACAUCCUGCCAGGCGUCCUGCAGGAGAUCCGUCCUGCCGUGGGACCCCACCACAUCAUUGUCUCGCUGGCGGCCGGUGUCACCCUCCAGACACUGCAGCGGCUUCUCCCUGCCAGGACCAAGGUGCUGCGGCUCAUGCCCACCCUGCCGUGCGUGGUACAGGCAGGGGCGAUGGUCUUCGCCCGGGGCAGCAGUGCCGGGGAUGGGGAAGCCGCCCUGCUGAAGAGCCUGCUGUCCUCCUGCGGGCUCUGUGAGGAGGUCCCCGAAUCCCACAUCAACAUCCACACCGGACUCAGCGGCAGUGGGGUGGCCUACGUCUACCUGUUUGCCGAAGCCUUGGCCGAAGGAGCGGUGAAGAUGGGCAUGCCGGGUGGCUUAGCCAGCAGGAUCGCAGCUCAGACGCUGCUGGGUGCAGCGAAGAUGAUGCUGGAGACGGGGGAGCACCCGGCGAAGCUGCGGGGGGAUGUCUGCACGCCCGGGGGUACCACCAUCCACGGGCUACACCAGCUGGAGAAGGGCGCACUGCGGGCCACCGUCAUGAACGCUGUGGAGGCGGCCACCAACCGGGCAUGCGACAUGGCUGAGGACUAG